UUAAGUUAGUUCAACGUUGGUCAUUCUCGUGUAAACACAAAAAUUGCUUCCUUAAACUUAUUUUUUUCGUGUAAAUUUCAUUUUUGAAUACUGCGAAUAUUAACUAUAAAAUAAAUAUAAUUAACUAUUUAAUUAUAUUUAAAACAAAUAUUUGAAUUUUUUUUCUCAAUUACUGUCAUAUAACAAAAAAAAAAAAUAUAUAUUCAUCAUGAAAAAUUUUGGAAUAUUUUUCGUUCUUAUUAUUUUUUGUGCCAGCGUCAAAUCAGAUUAUUGGUCAGACUUUGAGGAUAGUUUUAAGAAUUUUGAAAAAGAAAUGGAAGAAAAAGGAAGACGGAUGGAAGAAGAAGGUAGACGGAUGGAAGAAGAGGCAGAAAAAAUGAAUAAAUAUUGGGAAAAACAGAGUGCAUUGAUGGAGCAAGAACAAGAAAAGGCGAAACUAAAGCAAAAUGAAAUUUUAAAUACAGCAAUUUUAAUAGAAAAAGGACAAGCACCCGUCAAUGUAAAAUCAAACACAACUUCUUUUACUACGAUUUCCUAUGGUAGACCUAUGACAAUAAAAUCUACAAUCUUCUCACUUGGCGAUGACAAAAAAGGUGAAACUUAUUCUGUCCAAUCUGUUUAUGAAGGAUCAGUAAUAAAUAAUUGGUCGAUAACAACAAAUUCAUGGAAUAACAAUGGAGCAAAAAAAUCUAAUGAAUUUACCAAUAGAAGAACAACUUCUUACAUUAAUAAUAAUUCUAACUACGAAAUUAUUAAUAAUGGAGGUUCAACUUCUUACGUUCAAAAUGUUCCUAAUGAAAAUAGUGGAAAAAUAAUUAUCAAUGGACGAAUUAUUAAUUAGUUAUGGAUUAAGUAAUUUUUCGAAAAAAAAAAAUUUUUUUUUAAAUUAUUACAAUAACUAUAUAAAUUCAUUGUCUGUAAUGAAUUAUUUCAAAAUAAAAACAAUUGCAAUUAAAAAAAAAUAAAUAAAUAUCAUUAAAUUGUUUUUUAAUUUAGAAACUGUUUUUUGAUUUUGAAAAGCAUCAUCCCACUAAAUGCUGAAUAGUCAAAUUUACAUUUUAACAAAAAAAAAAAAAAAAAAAAAAAAUCCACUGUUGCCAAGUCGAAAAGUAUUUCUAAAAUAAAACUUUCAAAUUUUGAAAUUAGUUAACCAUCGAUCGUUAUUGUGUGAAGAGAAAAAAUUUUUUCUCUCAAAAACUAAUUAAUUUUACAAUUAAUUUGUUAUAAAAAUCAUGAAUUUUAUCAUGAAAAAUUUGAAAAUAUUUUUUAUUAUUGCAUUAUUUAUUGCUGAUGUGAAUUUACAAGAACAAAAAACGUUCACUGAAGAAGAGGUGUUAUUAAAACAAAACGAAUUUUUAAAAACAGCAGAACAAAUAGAAAAUGAAAAUCCACUAACUAAUUUAAAUUCAAACACAACUACUUUUACAUUGAAUAUCAGUGGUAGAUGGCUAACAACAAAAAUGACAAUCUUCUCGAUUGGAAAUAAAACUGAAGGUGCUUUUCAUAUUGUAAUAAGUUUGUAUUUAGAAUCAAGAAAUGAGCAGUGGAUAAUAAAAACAUUUGAAUGGUAUAAUAAUGGAAAAAAAAAUUCUUACGAUAUUAUGGGAUAUGAUAUUCGAGGAAUCGAUUUUAAUAAUCAAACUUAUUUAAUUAAACGAAAAGAGAAUUCUAUGAUAAAAAAUAAUUUCACAUUAGAGGAAAAUCAAACUUUAGAAAUAGCAAAAUUAAUAGAAAAUGGAAAUGCACCUGUUAAUGUAAAAAAAUCAAAUACAACUUCUUUAACAAUGAACGUGAAUGGUAAGCAGAUGACAAUAAAAAUUACAAGUUUUCAUAUUGGAUUCGUAACAGAAGGUUCUUUAAAAAUUGUUGAAACUAUUUUUGAAGAUUCAGAAAUAAAAGAUUGGGCAAUUGACACAUUUAUAUGGAAUGGAACAAGAUUAUCAUUUCAUCAUCAUCGAAUGAAUGGAGGGAUUAUUUCUUGAGGUUAAAAUAUAAAAUAUCGACCAUUUAUAAAUAGAAAAAAAUUAGUAUUUCAUAAAUUCAUUUAAAUAACAAAAUUAAUUUUAUUUUAAAUUUAGAUUUCUAACGUAAAAUUAAAUGAAUAUAAACAAAAUAAAUUAACAAUAAUAAAAAUAAUAAUAAUAAUAAUAAUGUAAAUAAAAUUAAUUAAUAAAAAGAUAAAUAAAAUUAAUUAAUGACACCAAAAAAAAAAAAUAAGAGAAAAUUUUAUUAUUAUUUAAAACAUGAAAAAUAAGAAUUUUUUUUAUUUUUUGCACGAAACGGAAGACGGGGUUUUGUAACAAUAAGAAAAAAUAAAUGAGAUAAUUGGUUAGAUAAGAACUAUUCGAGCAUCGAACACCCCGAAAGGGUUAACAAGCUCUCUUUCUCUCUUUUUUUUUUUUUUUUUUUUAGUGUGAGUGUGCACUUAAAACGACGAUUAUAUAUACACAUUUACACAUUUGUAAAUUGGUGAGGAAACAAGCAAAGGCAAAUACUUUGCACACAAGCUUUUCAACAAUGUGUGAACGUGUGCGAGUUAACUUUAUAUAUACUUUGUCUAAAAUCACGCAAACUCACAGAGUCACGCGAGAUCAAUCGAAAAUAUCGAUUAUCCAACUAUAUAUAUAUAUGUAUGUAUAUAAUAGUGUAAAAGAUAAAACUAAUUAGAAAAAAACGAUGUAAUUAAAAAAAAAAUAAGGAAAAUAUUUUUAAAAAAAUUUUUUAUUAUAAUUAAAUAAAUAAAAGAAUAAACUAUAAAAA